AUGAAUAGAUUAAUAGCUUUUCUUAAAGUGUUUGUUCACGGCAGCGGAAUACCACCUUAUUCUACAGACUUGGAGACUGAAUUGAGGACAAGACUUUUCACCGGCUAUGAAGUUUUACAGAGGCCAAAUCAGACUGUCAGUAUGUCGGUUGGCCUAAACCUGGUGACAAUCAACUCACUGGACAUAAAAGACCAGAUUUUAUCGACAUCAGGAUAUUUCACAAUGAAAUGGGCUGACGGAAGACUUGAUUGGAGCUCAGAAACAAAUUAUACCAGCAUUACAUCACUUUUCUCCAAUGAGAAAUAUAUGUGGCGACCAACGCUAUUAGUAGAAAAUAGUGUUAACGAACUAGAGGUAUUUAGCGACGAGAAUUGGUUAAUACGAAUAAGUUCGGGUGGCGUCGCAUACUGGACACCAGGUGGAAUAUUUGAAACCAGCUGUGAUGUUGACAUUACAUACUACCCGCUUGAUACACAAACAUGCAGUAUCGUGCUGACAACUUGGGCAUACACUUCGGAUGAUAUUACGUUGUAUUUUACACGUGAUCCAGUCACAACCGACAGCUUUAGUCCCAAUGGUGAAUGGGAUUUGAUCGAAACCACAACAUCAUCCGAAACAGCUUCCAAAUCGCCCCAAGAUAGAAGUGCCUAUGACAGAUUGUAUUUCACGUUAAAAAUGAAGAGACGUCCACUGUUUCAUAUUUUGAACACAAUAUUCCCUGUACUGCUGAUGGCGUCCCUGAUUGUGUUUGUGUUCAAACUGCCUCCAGAAUCUGGGGAACGAGUAGGCCUGUCGCUGACAGUUCUUCUCGCAUAUGCUGUAUAUUUGACGCUAAUUGCUGAUAACAUUCCAAAAACUUCUUUGAGUACCAGCAUACUGUCCACAUAUCUUACAAUUAUUCUGAUGUUGAGUACAUUAUCUGUUGUAUUCACCAUUGUGGUGCUGGACAUUUAUUUCAACCAUGAUGAUGACGAGGAACCACCGCGCUGGGUACAAACAUUGACUAGAGUAUUACUCGUGAAAAUGUCUAUGUGGAAAGGUGAAAAGUGUUGUAGAAAGCCAAAGGUCAAUCCUCAGAAAAGGUCUACAUUGACGGCUUCCAACAGUAAACUCCCUUUAGAUGACAUGGCACAUGAUGCUAAUGCAAGACCACGCUUUAGAGGUACACAUAUGGAGUUGAUGGACGUAGAUCAGCCUGUACAUGGUCAUCAGAAAGAGGACGAUGUUAAACUGUAUUCGUGGAAAGAAGUGGCUCUCAUAAUGGACAGAUGUUUCAUGUAUCUGUUCAUAUUUCUUGUUCUUGUAACAACUGUUGUUUGUUUACUAGGAAUACUUGCUUCAAAAUAA